AUGUCCGAUCCUCGAAGAUUUAUACCUUCCGGCGAUGGUAGCCAGAACACACAAGGGGGUAGCCAAUACCGAAAAGGAAAUGCUUGCCGACCUGUUGUUCCCCGUCGUUCUUGGUCUGACCGUGAGGAGGCCGUCCUCAUGGUUGCCAUGAAGGAUUUGGUCGCCCAUGGGUGGAAAUCGGAUAAUGGGUUCCGAGAAGGCUACUUGAACAAGGUGGAGGAAUGGAUGCAAAAGGAGUUUCCGAGAACCGAUUUGAAAGCUAAUCCGCAUAUUCAGUCUAAGUUAACGGCUGUGAAGAAAAGCUACAACUCACUGGCAAAGAUCCUUGAUCGUAGUGGUGUCGGGUUCAAUGUGCAUGGAGAUUUUAAGAUUGACUGUGAUGAUGAUCAGUGGGACCAAAUCGUGAAGCAAGACAGCAAUGCCCGCGGAAUGCGCACAAGGUCCUGGCCCUACUGGGAAGACUGGAAGGUUAUCUUCGGCAAAGACAGGGCAAAUGGUGGCCAUGCCGAAUGGGUUGCUGAUGCGGCUGCGAAUAGUUCGCCAGAUGCGCCUGUUACGGAGAUAGGUGAGAGUAGUGAUUAUCAUCCCAGCUUCGAAGAUUUUCUAGGUUAUGAUGAGCAGAUGCAGGCUACGUUUGCGAAUCCAAGGGUUGAUGACAGUAGCACGCAGAGUGGGGCGAAAGCUACUGCGAAUGCUCAGGUUCCUCCUAAAAACAAGCGCAAACGCAAAGUGCGGGAGGAUGAUAGCGGCAUAGUUGAAUUACUGAGAACGUUGCACUCUGAGACCAGCGCUCGUUUGGAGACCUUGGCAUUACGCAUAGGGUACGAGAUGGAUUUGGGUAAAGUGAGGGCGGAAAUCUUUGGUCAUUUGGGAAACAUACCAGAGCUGACCGAGAAUGAGAGGUACGAUCUGUGUGACAUUAUUGGUAAAGAGAACUCCCGGCUAGAGAUCUUCAGAGGACUCCCUGAUGCUUCGAAGGCCAGAUAUGCGAAGCGUGUCUUGGAGAAAGAAGGUCGCACCUAG